AUGAAAAGCAUGUUGCGAGCACUUGGACGAACGGUUUACCUCACUGCAAGAUUUACCCCGCAGAUUCGACACCCUAACGUGAUAGCUAGCUUAAACAAUUUCGAUCAAACCCGACGGAUACAGCAAACUCGAUGGAACAGUAACGCAAAUCCUCAGCGGAAAGGGUUUUUAGGAAAACUCAUUGAUAAUGUGAAAGAAGAAUUGGAAAAGAACAAGGAGUUACAAGAACACCAAAAACAGUUGAAGAAACGAAUGGAAGAACUGAAUGAAAGUGAAGCACUAAAGGACGCCAGGAAAAAAUUUGAAAUCGUGGAAAAGGAAACCUUGAAGAGUUCCCAAGUGAUAAAAGCGAAAAUCGAAGAACUGAGCGAUCAACUGAGCAAGGCACGCAUUGCUGCAGAACAUGUGGAGAAAAUUGCAGAGAAAGUGGGCGAUACAGAAGUUUAUAAGCAAGUCUCCUCGUCGAUGAAAGUCGUGAAGGACGAGAUUGAUAACAUCACCGAUGUUCGAAUGUACAGCCAGACCAGGGAUGCUACAGGGAUCACGUUGCACAAAGAAUCUCGUUGGUACGCUGGAUGGAAGAAAUUCUCAGAAGAGAACGUUUAUUACAACAAGCUUCUCGACUGGAAGAUCAGGUAUGAAGAAAGUGAUAACAUUGCGGUUCGACUGGUACGCGGUGUCACAGAGCGAAUAAGCAGCGUUUUUGGCAGCCAGAAUGAAGUGUCGGAAGUAUUGACAGAGAUAGCCAAGAUAGAUCCGUCGUUCGACAAAGCGGAGUGGCUACGGUUUUGUGAGAAAGAAGUUAUACCAAACGUAUUGGAAGCUUUCAUACGUGGCGAUUUAGAAGUGCUGCAGGAUUGGUGUCAUGAAAGA